CCUGGGCAAAUGCUGCAUUUCCGAGGUUGUAUCGAGACGGUGAGCUUGCCAUAGCAACGUAGCUGCCCAUACACUGAAAUUAUUCGUGUUUCUUUCCAAAGAUGCCUGGCAGAAAAAGAAUAGCUGUUGUGGGCGGUGGGGGCUGCGGACUGACCGCAAUAAAAUGCUGUUUAGACGAAGAUUUGGAUCCAGUGUGUUUCGAGAGAUCUGACCAGCUGGGAGGCUUAUGGCUUUUCAGACCUGGGGGCAAGCAGGAUGGGGAGGGGACAGUCAUGCGGUCCACCGUUAUCGACACCAGCAAGGAAAUGAUGUGUUGGAGUGACUUCCCCGUCCCUGAUGACUACCCAAACUUCAUGCACAACACCUACGUCCUCAAGUACUUUCGAAUGUACGCCGAGACGUUCGGCUUGCUGAAGUAUAUUAAGUUUCGCCACGCAAUCAUAAAGAUAAAACCGGCCAGGGACUUCCAGACCAGCGGGCAGUGGGAGGUCCAGUACAAGGAUCUAGAGAAGGAUCAAGAGUAUACAGAGAUCUUUGAUGCAGUGUUCUGCUGUACUGGCCACCAUACAACCAAAAACCAGCCAAAGUUCCCCGGCCAGGAAAAAUUUCAGGGGAAAAUUGUCCACUCUCACGAUUACAGUGACGAGAGAGGCUAUGAAGGCAAGCGAGUUGUCGUCGUGGGUGUUGGAAACUCUGGUAAUGACGUAGCAUCUGAAUUGGGAAAAGUCGCAGACAAGGUAUUUUUCUCGACUCGGCGCGGGAUGUGGGUGAUGAACCUUGCAGACAAAGAUGGCCUCCCCUGGGACAUCGUACAAACUCGCCGCCUGACCAGCUGGCUAGAGAGCUGGCUCCCGUUCAGUUGGAGAUGCACCAUGGUGGAAAACGACAUCAACAAACGCUUUAAUCACGAGCUAUUCGGCCUGAAGCCGAAACACCGCGUCUUCAGCCAGCAUCUGACGGCAAACGACACGCUCCCGGUUCGCAUCCUAUGUGGAAAGGUCGUCAUGAAACCGAACAUCGCAGGUUUUACUAAAACCGGCGUCAAAUUCGACGAUGGGACGGUGGAGGACGACAUCGACCUCGUGGUUCUUGCAACGGGCUACAACUAUGGUUUUCCUUAUGUCGAUGAAUCCGUCAUCAAAAUUGAGAAAAACGUCAUUAAUUUGUACGAGUACAUCUGGCCGUUGACCACUACCCAUCCCACCAUCGCUUUUAUUGGAUGCAUCCAGCCGCUCGGUGCCAUUUUUCCAUGUGCAGAACUUCAGUGCCGUUGGGCGACACGGAUGUUUAAGGGACUGUGCAAACUCCCCAGUAAGGACGCCAUGUUGGCAGAUAUGCAAAGGAAGCGUGACGCCAUGGCGCAACGUUACGUCCAGACCCAACGUCACACUAUCCAGGUGGACUGGAUUCCCUACAUGGACGAACUCGCUAGACACGUUGGUUGCAAACCAAACUUACUGAAACUGUUCUUAACCGACCCCGUCCUGGCUUGGGCAGUUCUCACAGGUCCGUGUGUGCCCUAUCAGUACCGCCUGAUGGGUCCCAAGCCGUGGAAGGGCGCUAGAGAGGCGAUCCUCUCCACCAUGGAUAGAGUCAUGAAACCGCUGCAGACCAGAAAACCUGCCGGGUGCUCAAAGAGGUCCGGUUUUGGUCGAUUCUUCUCCAUGAUGGUCCUGUUGGUGGCUAUAAGUGCGGUGAUGGUAAAGCUGUACUAUCCAGACAGGCUAUCCUCCUUAGUCAACAUGUUUAGCCGCUGAAUGAUUGAUUGCGGUAAAACGAUGCAUUACUGAUUAAGAAGGACCGUUGUAAUGAAAAAAGAAACUUUUUUACUACUCUUUUUGUGCCUACACCUACAACAGCAUUGACCAAACACUGCCAUAUGCCACUAUUUUGGGACGCACGUUUGCAAACUAGGUCUAAUAUUCUGUUGUUACAUGUUUUUUUACAUGUUAUCUACAUGUGACGGAUUUGUAAAAGGAAAAAGUUUUACGUCGUUAAAAGGAUAGCAACUGUUCGUAUGAGAUUCAUAUUUCACAACAAAUACAUUAUAAACAACUCAUAUAUGAUAUGACAUUAACAGCCUUACGGCUUGAUUUUUAUCCAUUUACUACUAUACAAUAUAUCACGUAGAAUAAUAGUUGUAUAUUA